UUUUGACCAAAUUAUCAAUAAAGAAAAUAGAUCCAUCUCCAUCCUCAGUUUCGGGGCGUGUGGUCUCAUGAAGGCAAAGGAGAAGCUUUUUCCUUUGAAGUGUUGCUAUAGUAGACAAGUUUAAUAGCUGCAGUCACUUUCUUGCCCUUGCUCAGUAGAUAACUUUUGCUGCAAAACUCAUGUGACAGAACUCAUUUAGGAAGAAAACAAAGUCAGCAUGGAGUGAAGAGCAGUAUGAGAGAGCAAGAUUCAGCCUGUGAAACCAGAACUCUCAGUGUUUGCUGUAGGACCGGUGAAUAAUGGAGGCUGCGCAACCCUCUUCUUACUUAGAUCCUGGUGCUGCUCCCUAUGGUAACUUUCCCAAUUACUACAGCUUUCACCCGCCGGAGACCCGCGUCAGUCUCUUACCACCGGGGCUGCUGCGGAAGCUGUUCCAAAAACCACUAGAAACCAAAGGCAAUGGUGUCUCGCCCGUACUGGGACUGGAUGUGGGAUGUAACACAGGGGAGCUGAGUGUAGCUUUAUACAGACAUCUGCAGCAGCAAGACAGUGACUCUUCUGACGCACCAAUAGAUGUGCGCUUUCUUUGCUGUGAUAUGGAUUCCAACCUGAUCGCCAGAGCCGAGCUAUCAAACCCCUUUCCAGACUUUAUCUCAUACAUGUCUCUGGACAUCAUGGAUAAUGAAGCUUUGCAGGGUCCUAUACACAAGUUCCUAGAGGGCCUGGGACGUUCCAAGUUUGACAUUGGAUUUUGCAUGUCAGUGACUAUGUGGAUUCACCUUCAUCACGGUGACCAAGGGUUGGUGAGUUUCCUACAUCGGCUAGCGGGUCUCUGUGACUAUCUGCUGAUUGAACCUCAGCCAUGGAAGUGCUAUCGUUCAGCUGCACGGCGUCUGCGCAAGCUUGGGAGACAGGACUUUCAACACUUUCACACUUUGUCUAUACGUGGAGAUAUGGCCGAAAAGGUGACUCAUAUACUGACUUCUGGUGCCAACGCAGAGCUGAUCCACAGCUUUGGGAAUACCAGUUGGGAUCGCAGCCUCUUGCUUUUCAAAAUAAAAAGAGGAAAUAGGCAAUUGUAGGAAAUACAUUUUUUGUGCUCUUGCUGCUAUCGUCCCAAAAGUUUACAGUGAAUAUUUUAUCUUUAAAAUGUAUAGUGUGAUCUUGUUUUCCCUAGUAAUUUUCUGCAGUACUUUCUGUACAUAGAUCUGAGGCUUUCCCUUUUUUUUUUUCCCUUUCUUUCUUCAUGAUAUCAACCAAUUAGGUAAAGCUUCCUCAUGAUCUGACCCCACUAGGAUCGGUGCUAAUCUAACGGAGAACAUGACCUUCAACCUAAAUUUUUAAUUAUUGAAAUGAUCUAUGAUCAGUUCACCUACUGCAACUUCAAAUAUUAUUUCAAAUAUUUUGUUACCAAGUUAUUUAGCACUACAUAACAUGGUGACACUUUUAAUAAAGUCCUAAAUAUUUUACAAUGCAUUUUUUUGCAGGAGCUUCUACCUGUUUUAUUAUUAAUGUUAUCAGUUAUUUGUAGAGAACCAACAUAUCCUGCAGUGCAAGCAACAACAAAUAUUUAUAGUGCCAGUGCUUGACAAAUCUGUUUAAAAAUUAGGAGCCAGUAAGAAUAUUUAGAAGCCAGACAUAUUUUUAGGAGCCAGACAGUGGGAUUUGUAUAUAGAUAUAUGGAGAAUAACCAAAAAAGUUAUGAGCCAGGGUUAAAAUUCUAGGAGCCAGUGGCUCCCAGGCUCCUGGGUUUGUCGAGCCCUGAUUUAUACUAUUUCAAGUUUAGCAGCAACUGAUCAGUUAUUCUACACUUUUUAUUUGCUGUGACUUGGCAAUAUACUUUUGAUUAUAGAUUUAGGAAUAGAUUAUAAAUGGAGCGCUAAUUUAUUGUGCGCCUGUAAACGGGCAAAUUAGCAAUUAUGUUAAGUGCAAAAUCCUAUAACUAGGAAGUUGACAGAGGGCGCAAAAGUUGUUGAUGUAAUAAGAUUCUAUAGUAAAUUUUAGUAAGUUAUAAUAAUAGAAGGCUAGAUUACGAGUUUUGCGGUAAGAGCUGCUCGGUACUAACUUGCAAGUUAUUGUCACCGCUCACUUACCUACAGCACUGCUAUUACAGGUUUGCAAAAACCCGGCGUUAGCAGGCAAUAUUGCAGCGUAAAGCAAAAUUGAGCUCCAUACCACACUCCAAUACCAUCGCUGCGGUGAGCUGGUUUUACGUGCUCGUGCACAAUUUCCCCAUAGACAUCAAUGGGGAGAGCCGGCUGAAAAAAAGCCUAACACCUGCAAUAAAGGAGCGUAAAGCUCCAUAACGCAGCCCCAUUGAUUCCUAUGGGGAAAGAAAAUUUAUGUUUACACCUAACAUAAACCCCGAGUCUAAACACCCCUAAUCUGCCGCCCCCGACAUCGCUGACACCUACAUACACUUAUUAACCCCUAAUCUGCCGCCCCCGACAACGCCGCCACCUACAUUAUAUUUAUUAACCCCUAAUUUGCCACCUCCGACACCUACCUACACUUAUUAACCCCUAAUCUGCCGCCCCUAACAUCGCCGCCACCUACCUACAUUUAUUAACCCCUAAUCUUCCGCCCCCAACAUCGCCACCACUAUCAUUACCUAAACAAUUCCUAUUUAAUACUAAAUAGUUACCUGUAAAAUAAACCCUAAGCUAGCUACAAUAUAACUAAUAGUUGCAUUGUAUCUAUCUUAGGUUUUAUUUUUAUUUCACAGCUAAGUUUGUAUUUAUUUUAACUAGGUAGACUAGUUAGUAAAUAGUUAUUAACUAUUUACUAACUACCUAGCUAAAAUUAAUACAAAUUUGCCUGUAAAAUAAAACCUAACCUGAGUUACACUAACACCUAAUCUUACACUACAAUUAAAUAAAUUACUUUUAUUAAAUACAAUUAACUAAAUUACAAAAAAAACAAACACUAAAUUACACAAAAUAAAAAAGAAAUGAUCAAAUAUUUAAACUAAUUACACCUAAUCUAAUAGCCCUAUCAAAAUAAAAAAAAAACUAGCGUAAACUAAAUUGCCAAUAGCAAUUAAAAGGGCCUUUUGUGGGGCAUUGCCCCAAAGAAAUCAGCUCUUUUACCUGUAAAAAAAAAUACAAACACCCCACCAACAGUAAAACCCACCACCCACACAACCAAACCCCCCCAAAUAAAAUCCUAACUAAAAAAACCUAAGCUCCCCAUUGCCCUGAAAAGGGCAUUUGUAUGGGCAUUGCUCUUAAAAGGGAAUAUAGCUCUUUUUCCACCCAAACCCUAAGCUAAAAAUAAAACCCACCCAAUAAACCCUUAAAAAAAAAAACCUAACACUAACCUCCGAAGAUCCACUUACAGUUUUUGAAGACCCGACAUCCAUCCUCAUUUGUUUGUUUAUAACCCUUGUUUUGUAACCUUUUUCUCUAAAUGAUUGGGACAGUGUGACAAGGUGUUUGUCACGGUCCUUGGUGUCUGUGCAAAUUCUGUGAUAUCUGGUGGCCUGACUGUAGAUUAUGGAUUUUUUAAUGUGAUUGGAGUGGGAGCUGGAGCUGUGGAGGUAGCUGCAUCUAUCUGUUGGUUUCCUGUAUACAGAUGAGUGUAAUUUGCCAUUUGUGAUUGAUAUUGUUGUAUCAAGGAGGCUGACAAUAUCUAUCACAAAUGGAAGAAAAAGGUUACAAAACAAGGGUUAUAAACAAACAAAUUAACUCUGCCCUUAAUACCCCACGUGAACACUUGCUACAAUACAGGGAGGGAGAAGAAAAACAUAUUGUGUAUCCCACUAGUAGUCAAAUAUUACCCUGCUGUAGAAGGAAUACAAAAAAUCAUAAAAUACUUACAGCCACUACUCUUAGAGGAUCCCACACUCAAAAAAAAUCUUUCCAAAACCCCCUAUCCUGGCACUGACAACCACCCAACCUAAAACAGAAACUGGUCCACAGAAAGCUACCCCUUGAUAAAAAGAACACCCAGACUGGAACCAAGCGCUGCAACAAAGCUCUCUGAAAACUAUGUCAACACAUUUGUGAAAGCAGCACAGCUAAUCACAAGAGUAAAUCCUAUAACAUUAAACGGGCAUACUCAUGUAUAUAUGCAAAUGUGGUAUACAUGAUACAUUGCACUGCAUGUUAAGUGGGAUGUUAUAUUGGAGAAACAAGCCAAAAACUGCACCUUCGGAUGAAUUUACACAGAUACUCAAUCAAAAACCACUGUGAAACAAAAUACUGCACCCCUGUUGGUCACCAUUUCACCCAACCUGACCACUCCAUCUAAAACCUUAAAAUCAAGAUUCCCAGAGGCAACUUUAAAAACACAAUGAAAAUGAUAAUGCACUUCAACUUGCUAAAUUUUGAACUUAAUGUGGACUCUGAUUUCUUAAACCAUUAUCAAACAUUUUUGUAAUGUACUUUCAUAUACUGUAGUCAAUGACAUUGUAUAUUCCACACUCUCUAUGCAUAGGUAUGCAGGUAACACUUUGUCUUUUUAGCCUGUGUUUUAAGAUAUAAUCUGUAAAUUCCAUCAAACUGGUCAGUAUUGCUUCAGACUUGAAAAAGGAAGACAUUCUUCCGAAAGCUUGUCAUCUUAUAAAUGUAUAGAUAGUCCAAUAAAAAAGUAUCAUUGCUCAAUGCAA